CUAGCAUAAAUAAUUUCAAGAUGGCGAGUUUCACAGGUUUAAAAGCGGUGGAGAGAGCUGGUUUUAUAGCGGUAAAAAUCAUGUUUUACUUAGAGUUUUGUGUGUUUUAUAAUAUUUUGUUGAUAGAUUUUUGUUUGAUGUAUAUUUGAAUGGUAAAAUUUGCUUCUGUUGGUGUGAAAAAUGAUCAUAGUCUGAAGUUUGUUUGAUGCCACUUUGAUAUUUGUCAAAAUAUACAAAUAUAUGAUCUUUCUUUUUAGGCUCGGUCGUUCAGCACGAAUGUAGUUAAAGCGUCACAAGUUAAGGUAGUAAUGAUAUGGAUGUGCAAAAACUGUCUUUGAAAGAACUAAACUGUUAGUUCUUGCAGUACAAAUUUUUAACAGCAAGUGUUCAACACAAUAAUGACCCCCCCCCCCCGCCGCCCGGAUUUUUCAACUUAAAUUUUCCUAGGGGCAGCUUCUAAAUUUUUUAAAAAAUGGAAAAAUUUGUUAUAUAUGUUUUAUCAUGUAUGUUAAUCCACAUGCAUAAAAAAUACAUAUAGUGAAAAAAAUAAUUUCCUGUUCAGGCUCCUGUAAAGGUAUUUGGCAUUGAAGGUCGUUAUGCUCAUGCUUUGUACUCUGCGGCAGCAAAGAGUAAGCAACUUGACAAAGUUGAGACAGAACUGGAAAAGUUGCAGGUAAAAUGCUGAAAUUUCUAAAUACAAAGCUUAUGAUAGUUGUUAAAACUAUGCAUAUAUUGGCUUUUCUAGGGCUUACUGAAAACUGAUCCAAAACUCGCAGAUUUUCUGAAAGAUCCUACUCUGAACAAGGUUAAAAAGCAAAGUAAGUGAAAAUUAAACAAAUUCAAGGUAGAUUCCAGAUCCAGUUUCAUGAUACAUUUUGGAAGGGUCCAGUUUUCUAAUAAUCUUUACAGCUAAGUUUUUCUUUGUAUUUCAGAUACUUUGCAAGAUGCCUUCAAGAAAUUGAGUUUUUCAGAUCUUACUAUAAAUCUUUUUGGUAUGUCAGCUGUUAGGUGUCUCUGGUACAGUACACAAUACAACCUGUUUUGUCCACAACCAAAGUAUCUUCACUAAGAGCCGGUGUAUUGUUGUUACAGAUUUAUCAAUAAUUUUCUAUUAUUUGACCAGGUGCCCUUGCGGAAAACAAUCGACUGCCAUUAUCAGGCAAUGUUAUCAAAGCUUACUCACAGAUAAUGUCAGCUCAUCGUAAGGAAGUACCAUGUGUUGUCACAACAGCAAAGGUGAGAAAAUAGUGGCUUAACUAUUUAACAGGGUUAGCUAAUGGUCUGCAGUGACACACCCAUUUCACUUGAUGCCUAAAAUGAGUGGACAAUAUAAAAACAGGUAUAUACAGGUCAGGAAGUUUUUAAAUACUUCAAGUUGUAUCUUAUCAAUUUUAGGCUCUAGAUGCAGCAAACAUGAAAGAGCUGGAACAAUCAUUAAAAAGUUUUGUUAAACCAGAUGAGACUCUUAAAAUUGAAACAAAGGUGUGUAUAAAUAGACUGUAAAAGGGAGUUUUGUUAUUUGAAAAGGGAGUUUUCCUUUUUGAAAAUGGAGUUUUGCUAUUUGAAAAGGGAGUUCUGCUAUUUGAAAAGGGAGUUUUGCUAUUUGAAAAGGGAGUUUUGCUAUUUGAAAAGGAAGUUUUGCUAUUUGAAAAAGGAGUUUUGCUAUUGGAAAAGGGAGUUUUGCUAUUGGAAAAGGGAGUUUUGCUAUUUGAAAAGGGAGUUUUGCUAUUUGAAAAUGGAGUUUUGCUAUUGGAAAACGGAGUUUUGCUAUUUGAAAACGGAGUUUUGCUAUUUCAAACAACCGACUCUAACGUUUCUGAGUGCCAUCAGUGCAAUCAUGUUUCGUGCCAAGACAUCUCAGACACAUGAUAUACCAACUAAAUUACAGUAUUGAAUACCUUGGACUUGGAAAGGUCAUGUGGUACCAGCAAAAAAUAAGUACGCAGAUAGCAAGAGUUCCGCGUACCUACGUGGUACGUGGCUGAAAACAAAGAAGUACCAGACAGUAAUAUUGGCGUACCUCCGGUACGUAGGCCUAAGUAUGCGAAUUAUCGCACCCUGUUUUAUUACGAAAGUCACCGAACUAUGGAAUCGCAUCAAAAAUUCAUAUAUCGACCACUCCCACAAACGUCUACGACCGCGCCUACAUAGUUUUGCAUGUUUACAAUUCUAAUUUUGAACAGCCAAUCAGGUUCUUGGUAAUUGGCUGUUUAAAAUUAGAAUUGUAAACAUGCAAAACUAUGUAGGCGCGGUCGUAGACGUUUGUGGGAGUGGUCGAUAUACGAAUUUUUGAUGCGAUUCCACAGUUCGGUGACUUUCGUAAUAAAUCACCAUACAAAAUAUCAUAACCUUCAAAAUUUUCAUUUUAGAUUGAUCCAAGUAUUAUUGGUGGUAUGGUCGUGAAUAUUGCAGAUAAAUAUGUGGAUAUGUCGAUUUCAACCAAAAUUAAAAAGAUCACCAGUGCUAUGGAAGCAAAUCUGGAUUGAUCAAACACAAACAUUAUAUAUAAUUAUUAAGUUUUGUCCACCAUGCUGUGAACACUUUGCCUGUGAUAACUUUAUUGUUUUUGAGAUAAAAUAAAUUUCUUAAAAUACAAUAUGGAGCGUUAUUUUUGGGAAACGCCAAGGGUAAUGUGUGGGCCCCUUGUAU